AUGGACUGGGACACCUUUCGAUCAUGCCUAUACACUUUUGCUGAAUAUGCCCGUGACAGAAGAGACCUCUGGACGUCACGAGGUCGUGGAGUCACUUAUGCGAUGGUAUACUCAUACUUUUGUGCGCGAUCCCGGGAGCAGCAGGAGAUCCUGCGAACUGAUCGGGAUCUAAAAGCACUGUGUGCAUCUCUUCCGCGUUUUGCUAACUUGAGAGCCGUCCAUAUGCGUUUUGGAGACGGUAUUCCGCCGCCGUUUCGAUGGUUCUCUGGCCGUGUAUUGCUGGACGGCCCUCUUUCUUUCGGUAGCCACCUUGAGAAGAUGGCCACUGCGAUGAUCGUGGCGAAGGAAACCGGUAUAUCAAUUUCUGAAUUCAGAAUAACCGGAUUCUAUCCUCGUGUCGCUUCAGAGGACCAAUGUGUAUGGGGCUUGACUGCUGAAGCUCUUUCUAAUGUCGAAGAACUGCAGGUCAUCGAUAGUCCGGCAAUGAUGGAGUAUCUAGUGCCAGUUCCCCUUCCCCGUCUUCGUCGACUUGAGCUUGGCAGCUGCUGGCUGUCGUGCGCUCAUCUCGAAGCAUUUGUAUACGCUCAUGCGAGUACACUCCGCUUCCUCCAUCUUGAAGACAUAUGGCUCCUGCAGGUACAGAAUGAUGCGGAUGGUGUUCGCUUAUCAUUGGCAAGCGCAAAAUCAGUGCUUCAAAGUUUAAGUCGAGUUCGGAGAUCAGGAAUACUACAGGAGCUGACCAUCAACCGUCAACAAGCUGGCCAUUACGAAGUGCAUGAGGUGUUCGACAAGCCUGAGGGAAUCUAUUUCUCUUAA